UUUAUACUAACCCCUCCCUUUCUCCCAAUCAAACUAUCACCUCACAUUCCAUUCCUAAAAAAAGUAAAUUGCAAAAACUACCCAAACUCCCUCCUCUCUCUCUCUCUCUCUCUCUCAAACUCAGGAAAUUCAGAAAAACUUUUUUCCCCUAUCCAUCUCCAACCUCUCAUUCUGGAGAAGGGUUUUUCUUAAUUUCCCUUUCUCACUUUUAGAAAUAUUAGAUUGAAUUAAUUUUUUUUUGGUGGGGUAGAAAAGUAGCUCAUCAUUGCCAUUUUCAUACUUUCUUUGCUACAUUCUUGAUAUACAAAAGCAUGUAUUUACAUUUCAUAGGAAUGAAAUUGAUGUACAAUGGUUAUUAGAGAAGAACGUUGCAUUUAGAAGUUGAGUUCUUUUCACUUUUAAAAAAAGAUGUUAGAGGUACCAGAACGGCAGGCGCAAAGUUUAAUAUUUGAAGGUACAAAAAAUGGAGAUGACAUUGAGGGGAAGCAAUUUUAUAGUCAAGGUGGAAAGCCUUCACCGGUACAAUCAAUAGGAUCAACAUUCAGUCCAUCCAGUGAUAAGAGUCCAAUUUCGCGCUUGAGCAAGGAGGGAGCCAAAGGAGGCGGUUCACAAGGCAAGGACCGGCAACCCUCAGAUAUGGAACUAAUGAAGGAAAGGUUUGCUAAGCUACUUCUCGGUGAAGACAUGUCAGGUGGUGGAAAGGGUGUUUCAUCCGCUUUGGCUUUGUCAAAUGCCAUUACAAAUCUCGCUGCUUCUGCUUUCGGAGAACAGCGAAAGUUAGAGCCCAUGUCUGCAGAUAGGAAAGCGAGGUGGAAAAAAGAAAUAGAUUGGCUUUUAUCGGUGACAGACUACAUUGUUGAGUUUGUUGCUUCUCAACAGAAAUCCAAGGAUGGAACAAAUAUGGAGAUAAUGCUGACACAACAAAGAAGAGAUUUGCUCAUGAACAUCCCCGCCUUGCGCAAGCUUGAUGCAAUGCUCAUUGACUGCCUCGACAACUUCAAAGACCAGAAUGAAUUCUGGUAUGUCUCAAGAGAUGCCAAUGAAUCUGAGCAAGGAAGCCAAAGAGAUGACAAAUGGUGGCUACCUACCGUCAAAGUUCCUCCAGAUGGGCUAUCAGAUGCAUCGCGGAAAUGGAUGCAAUUUCAGAAGGAAUGCGUUAACCAAGUACUCAAAGCAUCAAUGGCCAUCAAUGCUCAAAUACUGUCGGAAAUGGAGAUCCCUGAUAACUACAUUGAAUCCCUCCCCAAGAAUGGUAGAUCAAGCCUUGGCGACUCAAUAUAUAAAAACAUUACAGUUGAAUUCUUUGAUCCUGAAGACUUCCUCUCAAACAUGGACAUGACAACAGAGCACAAAGUUCUUGACCUAAAGAAUAGAAUCGAGGCUUCCAUCGUGAUUUGGAAGAGGAAGAUGCACCAUAAGGAUGGAAAGUCUUCUUGGGGUUCAGCUGUGAGCAUAGAGAAGAGGGAGCUCUUUGAAGAGAGAGCUGAGACCAUCUUGCUCCUACUCAAACAACGGUUCCCAGGACUUCCUCAAUCCUCGCUCGACAUAAGUAAAAUCCAAUAUAACAAGGAUGUUGGACAUUCUAUCCUGGAAAGCUAUUCAAGGGUACUUGAAAGCUUGGCAAAUACAGUCAUGUCUCGCAUUGAAGAUGUCCUCUAUGCAGACUCUCUCACUCAAGAUCCAUCAUUGGUGGUAUCCAAACGAAAGCCCUCAAUGGAUUCCUUGCCAGCAGAAGGACUAGAGAGUUCCCCGAGCAGCGCAGAAGAGAUAGAAAAGCCAAACACUACAGAGACGCCAACGUCAAUGACACUAUCAGAUUUCAUGGGUUGGGGUUUGGAUCAAGGAGAGGCGGAGAUGAAGAAAAGUCAAUCAACAGGAAACUUGGACAAUUUGUCCAAGGAGGAAAUUGAGAAGUUGAGCAAACCUAUUGAUGUUGUGACCAACAAAAAGUUUUCGUACAUGGAGAAGCUUGAAACCUUGGGCGGUCUGAGAAGUCCAACCCACUUUUGAUAGUGCUAAUUUUAGAAGCAUAAAAAGAGGAAAAAACACAAACACAAGAUGAGAGAAAUGGACAAUUAAACAAGAAAACACAGACCUUUAGCUUUACUUAACAGAAUGUAAAUAUAAAGAUCCGCUAAGGGGUCUAUGCAGUUAGUAUUCCUUUUGUUCUUCUUCCAUCCGAUUUUGGAUAGGGAAGUGUACUAAUCAUCCGUUGGGUUUGAUAUAUUUAAGAAAUCUUUUUUA